AUGUAGUAGGAGCAUAAAACAGUUCAAAGAAAAUAAAAGGGAAAGAUGGAAAAGGAAAAGAAGCUAAAUGGCGAAAUAUGCGCUGCAUGUCUAAGAGACAAUGAUAAAAUUGAAGCCAAACACUGGUGUUGUGACUGUGCCGAGGCAUUAUGUGAGGAUUGUGGGAAGGUCCACAGAAAGUCCAGAUUCACUACCUCGCAUAAACUUAUCCGUCUCCGAGAUGUUAAGAAUACUAAAUCAUUUUUAAUGGCUACGUCUUUCUUAUGCGAUCUUCAUUCUGAUUUGAGGGUGACAUUCUACUGCAAUAGACAUGACCAGCUGAUUUGCCAAACCUGUUUGUUACAAACACACAAGGACUGUAAAUAUAUUACUGCAAUCGAACAGCUUAUACCAGAGAGACAUACAAGUAGUAGUAACGACCAUUUUGAUGUUCUACAGAAGCAAGCAUUAAAACUUGCAGACACGUUAUACCAACUUAUAAAUACAAGGAAAGACAAUCUAACCAACCUUGAUCAACAAAACAAGACAAUUCAAGAAACAAUUAAGAAAACAAAGUCUGAUAUCAUAGAUCAUCUAACAAAACUAGAAGAAGAACUUCUCAACAGUCUACGUGUCAAAUACGACUCCUGUGUUGAACAAAUAGAUGAUGAAAUUUCCCAGCUUCAACAUAAUAACGAUCUGAUGUCCAUUCACGAUAGCGAUAUUGAAUUGAUGAGAAUAAAUGGUUCUGAACCUUAUAAGUUCACAAUUGUAAAGAAGUUUGAACAGACUAAACAAAGAACUGAAGAUAUCAUAAGUAACUUCAGAGAUAGAUAUAAACCAUUGGAAAUAGAUUUCACCCAAAAUGAAGAACAAUUAGCUUCACUUUACAAUGCAAUGGGUUGGGUCGAUAUCAAAGUUAUCAAUCGAGUCAAAUCUGCUGUCACUGAAAUAACGUCACCUAGGCUGAUCAGCAAACAAUUGGAAAGUCCAACAGAGAGCAAGAUUGUCCCUAGACCUGUAUCAACUCGAUCCGUUAGCAAAUUCAAAGAAAGUGACAUGUCGUUAAUAAAACUUGUACCUCAAACUCCCUCGAUUACACAGCUUGCACUAUACAAAAAAUUCCCGACGUCUUCAUCGUUAGGAGAACAUAUCGUCGUCUCACGUGGUUGUUUUAUCUCAGGAAAGCACAUUCUAUUAUGUGAUGCGCAGAAUAGAUGUAUAUUUAAAUGUAACCUCUACGGUUCAAUGGCCGAGAAAAUUCCAUUGCUGUACUUUCCACAUGAUGUUGCCCUGUUUGACAGGAAUACAGCCGUUGUCGCAGCAGGCGAGAGGGGUAUACAAGUUUUUGAUAUCACCGAUAGUGAAUGUAGGCCAGAUCGAUUUAUAAGACCUGGCGGGAAAUGCACUGCGAUUUCCUGCAUUGACGAUCAAAUCAUCGUCCGGAGUGGACACUGCAAAAUAAGCAUUCUCGAUCGCGCGGGAAUUUCCAUUUUCAAAAUAAACACCAAAUAUGACCCGUUGAUUUUAAGCGCGGGAAUAAACGGCUCUAUUUACUGGACAAGUAACAACGGCGAUGAAGUCCAAUGCAUUGCGCGAGAGCGGUCACAAUUCAUCUGCAGAUCUGAAACGUUGGUUGGUCCAACUGGACUCGCUACAGAUGGCGCAGGUCACGUGUUUGUUGCUGGGUACGAAUCUGGAAAUAUCCAUCGGUUAUCAAAUAGAGGAACUAAAUCCAUGGUCUUAGACGAAGGAAUACAUCAUCCUUGGGGUCUGGCAUUUGAUCAAGAUUCUCAAAGGUUAAUGAUUAUUAAUGACGACGGAGUAUCUAUUGAUAUUUAUACAGUUUGCAAGUAGACGACAAAUUAUUGUUUUACAUAAGAAUAAGAAUAUUUAUAAUUGCAACCAAGCCCUUGGAGGACAGCACGACAUGUAUAGACACAAAACAAGACACUGAGAUUUUUUCACAUUUAAAUGAAAUAGUCAAGGUUCAUGUACAUAUAGACUAGUCCAAAUAAUUAUGACGUCUUGAAAGGCUAUUAUUUUUUUUCUUUGACGCCUUACAUCGAGGAAAGCGUCGAAGCAAAAAAUUGAAAUAGCCUUCCUAGACGUCAUUAUUAUAUGGACUAGAUAUUGAUAUAGGCACAUCAACAUAGAGCUUAAUUUCAUAUAAAUCAUGUCCAUUUAAUUCCAGGCAGGAACAGAACCAUAAAAGACAUAACAAUAAUCAUCGUCAUUGCGUAGAUUUAAAAAAAAUUAUACCAUAAGCUAAGCUUUGCCUCUAAUUUUGAAUAUUCAGCUUUUUUAUGUAUUUGAGGUACCAGGAUUAUAAUUUAGUACGCCAGACGCGCGUUUCGUCUACAUAAGACUCAUCAGGGAUGUUCAAAUCAAAAUAUUUAUAAAGCCAAGCAAGUACAAAGUUGAAGAGCAUUGAGGAUUCCAAAUUCCAAAAGUUGUGCCAAAUACGGCUAAGGUAAUCUUUGCCUGGGAUAAGAAAAUCCUUAGAUUUUCGAAAAAUUUAAAGUUUUGUAAACAGGAAAUUUAUAAAAAAAAAAAAAAUAGAACAUAUUGAUAUUCAUGUCAACACCGAAGUGUUGACUUCUGUGCUGGUGAUACCCAUCGACCCAGUGGUGUAAAUAGUUAUCAAAGGUACCGGAUUAACCGUCAUUAUAUUAAUCAGACGAAGAAAGAUAACUCUAAUCAAUUCAACGACAUAAAACUUAAGCUUGACAUUUGAAUUAUCGUCCUUUGUUCGUCACUGAAAAUGAUGGAUGUCACGAAUCAACAAAAACUUAGCUAAUUUUUUUUGAAUGAACAGAAUUAUAUUAAGGAGGUGCAGUAAUGUCUGCUGGAAUUUGGUUGAAACUGAUGCAGACACAUUUGCGUUUUAAGAUUUUUUUGAGUGAAAAGGUUUGAUGUUGUCUUUUAAAUCUGUGUUUUAGCUUCAUGCACUCAUUGCUGAGUUGUGAUUGUGCUUCGGUCAUUGCAUCAUUUAUAUAAUAUACAACUGUCGCUUCCAAGCCCUUAUUGGAAUUAAGAUUUUACGUGUGUACCUGUGUUUUUUUAUGACGUUGCCGUACAGGAAAACUGCUCGGAAGUGCAUACGUCAAUGUUACUUAGGCUUAUUGGAUGGCGAUAACUAGUAUCACAUAUAGACAGAUUUAAUGCUUCGGUGAAAGUUUUCAUUUAAACGGUAAUGCUUUUUUAAAGUGUGUUGCUUGUUAAUUAUUUUUUUUGUAAUAGUAAGAGUAAAUUAUUGUCCUUAAACUACGAUGUUUACCAUUGGUUUUGCCUGUUUUUAUUUGUUUGUAAACUAUGAUAAAUAGAUAGAAACUCUAAAAUGGAAAAGGAGAACAGCAAGACAUGAUCUACAAAUAAGACAACAAAUAAAUUGUCAAUUCUCUAAUGUUGCCAUAAAAUGAAAAUUGUUCACCAAAUUCAAUGCGUUUUGUCUAUUUUGUUUAAACUCAAUUAUUAGUAGAUAGAGAAAUAGAAAAAAUAGAAAAAUGAAAAUCAGCUAAAAAAAACAAUUUAAAUGGCCAAAUUGUCUGUCAACUCCUUAUUGGAGUUAUUGUCCCGAAAUUAGGUUUUUUAUUAGUUUUUAUGUAUGUUGGACCACAAACGUUAGUAACAACAGAGAAACUUCACAAAGAAAAAAUUAUCAGUAAAUAAACUUCGGUCUACAAAAAAGUCAAAUAUAGCUUCAUGAAACUAUCGGUAAACUCAGCA